GACGUUCAUCCUUCUCGUCAGCAGACAGAGCCAUGUUCAAUUACAGGUCCAGCAGUGGCGGAGGUGGUGGUGCCUACAUGGGCAGCAGUAGGUCCAUGUAUGGUGGUACGGGUAAUGUUCGGGUCUCCACUGGCAGCUCCUCCAUGUCCAUGUUCAGCAGCGGUGGUGGUGGUGGUGGUGGAAGUGGAGGUGGAGGCUAUGGCUUCAGCUUUGGUGGUGGAGCAGGAGGUGGAGCAGGCGGCGCGUAUUGCGGCGUUGAAAGCUUGGACAUCUCCACCAACGAGAAGGGCGCCAUGCAAAAUCUGAACGACCGCCUUGCCAUCUACUUGGAGAAGGUCCGUAAACUGGAGGCGGCCAAUGCUGAGCUGGAGCUGAAGAUCCGGGAGUUCCUGGAGAAGAAGACCUCACCGUCCUCCCGGGACUACAGCGCCUACUAUGCCACCAUAGCAGAACUGCAGGGAAAGAUCCAGGAGGCGACCAGAGUCAACGCCACCAUUUACCUGUCCAUCGAUAACGCCAAACUGGCCGCUGACGACUUCAGGCUUAAGUACGAGAACGAACUGGCCAUGCGUCAGUCGGUGGAGGCCGACAUUGCGGGCCUGAGGCGGGUCCUGGACGAGAUGACUCUGUCCAAGUCCGACCUGGAGAUGCAGAUCGAGGGCCUGAAGGAGGAGCUGCUCUUCCUGAAGAAGAACCACGAGGAGGAGCUGCUGGCGUCCCGUACUCAGAUGAGCGGUCAGGUGAACGUGGAGGUGGACGCAGCUCCUCAGGAGGACCUGAGCAAGAUCCUGGAUGAGAUCAGGGAUUACUACGAGAACGUCGCCGCCAAGAACCGCAAAGACCUGGAGGCCUGGUUCCAGAGCAAGACAGAGUCACUAAGCAAAGAAGUGGCUGCCAGCACAGAGACCAUUCAGUCAUCCAAGAGUGAGGUCACUGACCUCAAACGUUUGCUGCAGAGUCUAGAGAUCGAGCUGCAGUCGCAACAGAGCAUGAAGGCCGGCCUGGAGGGAACCCUGGCAGAAACACAGAACCGAUACUCCAUGCAGCUGGCAGGGUUCCAGCGACAGGUGACCAUUACGGAGGAGCAGCUGAUGGGGCUGAACGCUGACAUGGAGCGACAGUCGCAGGAGUACCAGAUUCUGCUGGACAUCAAGACCCGGCUGGAGAUGGAGAUCGCCGAGUACAGGAGGCUGCUGGAUGGAGAGGGUGUUGGAGGGGCAGGAGGGUCCAAGGGGGCGUUUGGGGCUGGUGGAGCCGGAGGCGCAGGGGGAGCAGGAGGAGCAGGAGGAACCGGAGGAGGCAGUAGCAGCACCUCUACCAAAACCAUGAGGCAGAAAGUCAUCACCGUGGUGGAGGAGAUAGUGGACGGACAGGUGGUCAGCACCAAGGAGACAGUCACCAACAAUUUCCUGGUGGCCGAGAGCAGUGACGACCUCCUUCCUCUGCACCUCCUCUCCACCUCGACCACCAUGUCAAUUUCUCGCUCAGUCUCAUACUCCAGCCGCAUGGGCUUCAACAGGUCCCCCAGUGUCUAUGGUGGCGCCGGAGGAACCGGGAUUCGGAUCUCCAGCUCCAAUGCCUCCAGAAACUACAGCUCAGCCGCAGGAGGUGCUGCAGCUGCAGGAGGCGCCGCAGGCUUCAACUUGACCGACGCCCUGGAUAUCACAGACAACAAGCAGCAGGCCAUGAGGAACCUGAACGACCGUCUGGCUGUCUACAUAGAUAAGGUCCGCAAGCUGGAGGCAGAAAAUGGCGAGCUGGAACUGAAGAUCCGACAGUUCCUGGACAAGAAGACCAAACCCGAGGGACACGACUACUCCGCCUUCUCCGUUAUCAUCAGUGACCUGCAGAACCAGAUCCUGGAUGCCACCCGUGUAAAUGGAGGCCUGUACCUUGCUGUGGACAACGCCAAACUGGCUGCUGACGACUUCAAAGUCAAGUACGAGAACGAGCUGGCCAUGCGCCAGAGCGUGGAGGCUGACAUUGCUGGGCUGAGAAGACUCCUGGAUGACCUGACAAUGGGAAGAGCCGACCUGGAGAUGCAGAUCGAGGCCCUCAGGGAGGAACUGAUCUCACUGAAGAGGAACCACGAGGAGGAUCUCCUGGCUAUGCGCUCCAGCAUGGGAGGUCAGGUGAAUGUGGAGGUGGACGCUGCUCCUCAGCAGGACCUGUCAGUCGUCAUGGCCUCCAUCAGGGAACACUACGAGAACGUGGCUACCAAGAACCGCAGAGAGUUGGAGAACUGGUUCCAGGCCAAGAGUGAAGAACUAAACAAGGAGGUCGCCAUUAGCACAGAGACUCUGCAGACAUCGCGCUCGGAGAUCACAGAGGUCAAACGAACGCUACAGAGUCUGGAGAUCGAGCUGCAGUCACAGCUCAGCAUGAAAGCAUCUCUGGAAGGAACCCUCGCCGAAACCAACAGCAGAUAUUCCACCAUGCUGGCAGGGUACCAGAGGCAGGUGAGCGCUCUGGAGGACCAGCUGUCCCAUCUGAGAGCAGACCUGGAGCGCACGGGACAAGAGUACAAGAUGCUGCUUGACAUCAAGACCAGGCUGGAGCUGGAGAUCGCCGAGUACAGGAGGCUGCUGGAGGGAGAGACUGAAAGCUCCUCCUCCACCACCACCAAUCGCAGGGUGGUCAUCAUCACCAAGGAGAUCGUAGACGGCGAAGAGGUCACCAACUAAUGACAGUGAACAAGCAUUUGCUAGAACAUUGUCCAAAGAGAAUAAAAAAUAAAGCACCUCUGAUGAAGCAACACCA